AUGAAGCCUAAAUUGGACACUGCUUUGGCUAAACCAGGCAAAUAGACUGCAAAUAGAUCUCCAGUUUCAUUCAAAACUCGUGACGGCUCAUAAUCAAAGUAUAACAUUUAGUCGUCUAAUACAGAGCAAAGUGACUCAGAACAGCAUCAGCAUAAAGUCAAGCCUUUCAAUCAUUCCACUCCAUAUUAAAAUCAGCAAAAUACUAUAGUAGUUGGCUCUGGAAGUAGCAAUGAUCAUCCUUCACUCUAUAUGAAAAAUAAAGACAGGGUUUCUACUAUUGCCUCUAGCAUCACUAAAUUUUAGAAUAGAGUAUUAAAUGAUAGAAAUUAGUCUAAUUCAAGAGCAUAGAGUUCACUAUAAGAUCCAUACCCAUCUCGCACAAAAAUGGAGAGAACUUCAUCAUAGUAAAAAGAUCAACCUUAGAGUGUGAAUAAUUCAAAGCCCAGACAAUCAACAUCUAAAAUAUAGUAAAAAGUAUCUGAGAUUCCUAGAAAGAAUAGUAGCGUAUCUGCUAAAUAAAGAUUAGAAGGGAUAAAGACACCGACUGCCAUAUCUCAAUUUGAUUUCAAGGCUGGGAAUAAGUCAUAAUUACAGCAUCAAUAGUAAUUAGAUUAGACUCAUUUCUUGAAUUAUAUGCACUCUAAUAACAGAGAUGAGGAUUAUUCACCUCUAAGAGUAGAGAUGUUUAGAAAGUAAUUCGAUAAGUUUAUGAUGAGGAAUAAAAAGAACAACAAAGAUGAAGACACGUCAUAGUUGACUACGAUAGAUAACGCUCCCUAAGGAGGAGGUGAGGUUGGAGAUGCUAACCGAUCAGUAGAUGAAUUCAUAAGAGACCAAUAUAUGAGUAACUAGCCAACGAAAAGCCCAACUUUAAACUCUGAAGAUAAUCCAGAUAGAAUGUACUAUUCAAAUAGUAUAUUGAACUAAAAAACUCCAGUUAUUGAAUAUGAGAAUAGUUACCUUGAUAAGACUUUGGAUUUGCCUGAUAAAACUCUUAAUCUUUCUAAGCAAAUCAGUAUGCUCACAACUACUGAUAUGAAAAUAAUAAACAAAAUAAGAGAAAUGGUCGGAAAAGAGCAAGAAUAGACAUACUUUAUGCUAGAGCUAUAAAGAUUCAUGAAGAAUUUUGAAAAAGACUAAUUCAAGCCUGCAUAAACAACAUCUACUGCCAACACCCAAUAAUAUUCAAAUUCAUAAAAGCGCAGAUCUACUCAAAAAAGAAAUAGAGAUGUUUCUGCUCGCUCUAAUGAUAGACUAAAUGAAAAGAGCUUUACUAAGAUCACAGUGCCAACAUCAAAUAAUCUCUUCAAUUAUAAAGGUAGCCCAAUAAGAAAAAGCUAAUAGGAAACUCAGCAGAUUAAAACUGCGGAAGAAGUAUUUAGCAAGUAUCCGAAAAUUAAGAAUACCAUUUUAGCAUAUGAUGAGGCUCUAGGAUAUAGUUUCAGAGGAAUAGUAUAACCUCAAAAAGAAGAAUUCUCAAUUGGCAUAUGCCUCAUAAUAUUGCUAUCAGUUUCAGAUACAACGGUACUUUUAACUAAUGAUGAAUCAACCAUCGCUGAUAAAUCAUGGGACUAUAUAAGGAAAUGUCUAAAGUAACUAAAAACUAUUCAGAAUGAAAUACAGACUAUCAAUAGAUAAAUAACAAACACUCAUUCUUAAAUCAUACUGAAUUAUGUGAUAUAAGCAGCAUAACUUGCUUAGCUGAUUAGACUUAAUAAAAACGAAAGAAGGUUCAGAGUAAACGAGCGUUUGAAUCCAGAUAAAUAUAGCUACAAUGCUGAAAAUCAUAGGAAACUGAUAUAGCAGUAACUUGAAGAAGAUAUCUCUGAUGAUUUCUCUAGACUUAAUCAAUCACCUAUUAAAGAUGUAGAUGAUGUGUCUAAUGCAGCUAUUAAUAUAACCAAUCAAAAUUAUAAUAGUCAUUAUCAUCAUAGCACCAACUUAGAUAAUUGCAAUGAAUAACAACCAUUAAACUUAGUCAUUGAUAUAAAUAAUGAAAUAAAUCUGCCAUUGCAGAUCCCAGACACAGUUUAGCGUAAGCAUGUGGAUGAAUUUAUCGAUCAGUAAACUAAUGCGAAUGAUAUGAGUCCAAAUAUUAGAAGUAUGGAUAUGCCUCUCUAGUUAGACUCCUCGAAACGUGUUAAGUUUAAGGAUGAAUUGCCAAAUGGCUAGCUGACAGAACUUUAGCCAAUGGACUUAACCUCAUAAUCAUAGAAAAAUUAGUUUACAGAAGGGGAAUCGUUUUAAAAGACUACUAAGAGAAAUGAAAAACUGAAUAAAUUUUUAAAUGGAGGCUCUCCUAAUCGAAAUCAGAGUGCAGACUAGAAUUAGUAGUAAUAAAUAAAGGAAGAUAGAUCAUAGAAAAAAAUAAUUGUGACAUCAAAGAAAAAUCAUUGA